AUGAAUGCCAAAAAGUUUGGUGUGCUACUCUUGAUUGGAGUUGUGUGUGCCAAUGUUGGGGCAAGGCAGCUCGAAGGAGUGUCCAAAGAGACCAAAAUAGGCAUCUCUAUUCCCAAAACUGUCACUUCCAACGCCCUUGGAGCUGAGCUUUCUGUUGAUGUUGGAACUUACGCCUCUGCUUUGGGCUAUGGUGAUGCUAAUGCUGCUGCGGGUCCAAGCGGUCCCAGCACCGGUUCGUCUGGAAGGGGCUCUGGAUACACCAGCGGAUAUGUCUCUGUGGAUGAUCCCCCCGGUUCGUCUGGAAGUGUCGCUAGGUCUUACAGUGGCGCUAAUGGGAAUGGCGGUGCUAAUGCUGCAGCUGGUCCAAAUGAUGCCACUUCCAAUGGAUCUGCUAGUGGAGGUGCCAGAACCAUUUCGGAUUAA